AACUCCUUCCAAUAGACACACGCGAAAGUUGGAAAGACUCGUUACCAAAUAAAAAAAAGCACACACACACACACACACACACACACUAAAGCUUGCGAAAGCACCAGCACAAGCGCCGGUUGGAGGUCUUUCUUCAGGCAGGCACGGCGUCCAAAAAAAAAACAAACAAGAAACUCUGCUUCCCUCUCGAGUUUGGUAACAUAAAAACCGAAACCUUUUGUAUCGUCUGUUCAUUUUCCUGCUCUUGUGUGUGUGUGUUUUACUAGGAGGCGAGUGGGUGGCAAGGAAGCAAGCAGGUCGGAAGGUUGCUAUUCGUAAUCGAGCAAAACCGUUGCGGUUUUGGGACCCAUUUCCCGCCCCCUCCCCAUUUCAUCGUCUGUCUCGUUUUGCUGUUUCCUCUGGUCUUUUUUUUUCUUGGUACCUUAUUGCUUCUCCAUUUCCCCCCUCCUUCCCUCUCGGAAAGCAAAAAGGGGUGACCCAAGAAGAAAUGUGUCCUGUACACAUGUCUGUGUGUGUGUGUGUGUGUGUGUGGGUGCUAUGCGGGAGCAAUGUUCGGCUGGUUGCGCCCCAUGCAAGUCGAUACUUGAUACACGGCGCGGUUUCGGUUUCGUCGUGCUCGUCGUGCUCAUCGGCUCUCUCUCUCUCACACUCUUGUUCUCUCUCGCUCUCUUUGUCGUACGAUCGGGUUUGCCUGCUCGCACACGGCAGGGACAACCACGGCCAAAGUGGGUGGGGCAACCCUCGAAAGAGGGAGCGGUGGAACGGAACGAGCGCGAGGUUGGUUCCGUUGGCUGGCAAAGCAAAAUUUACACGUGCGUCCUCCUGCAUAACGUACCAUUUCGAGUGCGACUUGCUGUGCCUGUGUGUGUGUGUGUGUGUGUGUGGCUGGGGCUUUUGUCCUGCGACAGGAGCGCGUUCUCGCUGCCUGAGAACGGGGACCAGCGUUCCGCUCGCAAGUUAACAGCGUCCAUCAGAACGACGCGGCGGUCGGUUGAGCAUCGAGUGACCCCCAUCUGGUGCUGGCGAAUGGGAAAUAAAGGCAACCCCGGAGCCUCUUAAGGGACCGCAGUCCAGAAAACCUCAACCCCCUCCACACACCCGCUGUCUGUCUCUCUCGUUUCUACUCUUAAUUAUUUAAAAAAAUACAAAAACUCUUUUAAACUCGUGAUAAAUCGGUCAUUUGCAUUGCACGAACGUUUCUACUUAUGUCAGUCAGUGUAACGCUUUGCUUGAGCUGGGUGUGUAAAAUCGUACGAAGAAAUAAGUGCAAGUGCCGCAACGAUUUGUGUUAGUGUGAGUAAGAAUAAGUGUCAAAAAAAUAAGGGGAGAAAAAAAACCUUUUCCAAUCCAGCAACAAAGCUCAACAAACAAACAAACAAACAAAAAGAAAAACACUCAACCAAAAGCAAUCAACCGAAAACGCCUGAAAGUAGGCAACGAGCGAACAGUGCCCGGCUUCGAAGCGUAGUGCGCCUUUGUUUCGUUUUGCGGCGAUGGGAGCCGCCAGUACCGGGGCCGAAUCGCUGGAGUGCUGCAAUACCGCACCCCCCGCCGCCAGUGUGCCCCCGCCGGGCAGUGUCGCCUCCACUCCGCCGCUUCCACCGCAGCAGCAGCAGCAGCAAGGGAUCCGAGCGGCGGCUGGUACCGUCCAGCAGCCGGCAACGGUGGCCGUACCACCACCCCCUGCGAUGCCAACGACCCUAGCAGGGCAGCCACCGUCCACUGUCACGCCACCAUCAUCGCAUCAUCACGCACACGGGACGCCCCGGGACGAGCAGCACCGCAAGCAGCAGCAGCAGCAGCAGUACCGCUCCCAGCUUGACAUCGAGAACAACAACAGCCAGCAGAUGCAUCAGCAGCAGCAACAGCAGCAGCAACCGGCCACAACCGUGCUGCCCACGGUGCAGCAAAAUGGCGGCAGCCACCAUCUGUACGUCAAUCCGGUGCAGGCGAACGGGCUGAACAUCGAGCUGUACCUGCAGCAGGCGUUCCUGGACGAGCACGAGUACUUUAAUCAGCUCAACAACAACAACCACAGCCACCACAACAACAACAACAACAACAGCGUCCACAUCUUCGGCAACCAGACGAAGCUGGCCCCGCUCGCGACCGCCGGCACGGUGUCGCUCUACUCCGAGUACACGGUCGACACGCCGCACACGGUGGACGACUCGAACCUGUCCGGCUCGUGCCAGUGCUUCUUCGCCCGGUACUGCAAGGCGCGGCGCCGCUCGUCGUCCGCCUCCACCGCGACCGCCUGCUGCCAUGGCGGAACCGGCGACGGGGGCAAGGCGCCGUCCGGCAAGGCGGCCAAGCGGGCCCUGGCGCCGGUGAAGGAGCAGGAGCAGCCGAAACCGAAACCACCCGGUCCCGCGGGCGGCGGUGGAGCUGCCGCCAGGAAUCGGGGUGCGGCGGGGCGGGGCGCUGGCGCCACCGAUACGGAUCCGCUGAUGAGGCGGCCGCGCCGCAAGAAGGACGCCAGCGAGCAGGACCUCGCGGCCAAGCUGCAGCAACAACAGCAACAACAACAACAACCGAACGCAAACAAUGGCGACACUGGGCGACAACAACAACAACAGCAGCAGCAACACCAAUCGAAGUUCCGCUGGUCCGCUGUGCGCCCACGGCUUACCGUGUGUGCUGGUGCGCGUAAUAAAAGUGAAAGUCAUUACCUAAAUAAGCUGCCAAAGCUACCAAGUUCGCGAUAUACAAGCCAAAAGGCAAACAUCAAAAAAAAAAAAAAAAAGAAAAAGCAAAUGCGCCACGUACGGGUGCAUGCGAAAGGGCACGGGAUGAUGAAAGCGCGCAUCAUCGUGCCCGGGGAUUUCAGUGUAGUGUAGCAAGGAGGGGAUGGGUGGGGAUAGGGAAGAGAUAGAGCGCGCUAAACACCCAGCCCGUCCCGGUUGGGCUCAUCUGUCCUCCUCCUGUGCGAUCUGUUGCCAUUUUGUCAUGCGGGGGAAUAGUAGUAGCAGGGGUGCUGGGUGGGAGCGGUCCUUUUGCUUUGACAUGGUGGCUUGGUUGUAGUGUUUUCCCGUUCCCGUGUGCAGCACACAGUGUACCUCAAGCCGGCAAACUCAAGAGCAAGAGCCUGAUGCAGGUGUUUUGCUUUGCAGUUUAUGAGACUAGCGGGCACAGCACCAGUGCGUGUAGCCCUCGUAGCUGACGCUGCAUGAAGCGUAAUGAUCUUUUACGAUAAUGGGCAACUGUGUGAGUGGAUCAGCAUGAUAGAUUAGAUACAUGAUAGAUUGCGCCGCGGGUGAAUGGACGAGAAAGAUCGUCUUUUAUAGCAUACUACAUCGCAUACCGUGACGCCGAGCGAUGAGUAGGAUAGAAGCUAAUGUAGGGUAAGAAAAUGUGCUUGUUCGUUGGCUCGAAGCAAUAUUUUUGUCAGCCUGCGUACAUUAUUUACAAAAUAUUUUUAUGUUUAAGUUGAACGGGAGUAGGUUUUUACAAAGAAAUAUAUUUUAACUCGAUACAACACCACUUUUAGUUUUAAUUUAUUAUAAAAUACUGGGCGUCUCCAUAAUAGUAGACGCAGUAAAGCACUGGGCGCCUCCAUAAUAGUAAACGCAGUAAAGCACUGGGCGCCUCCAUAAUAGUAAACGCGGUAAAGUACUGGGCGUCUCCACGUACUGUACCGCGUCUUUGUGCGGGAAAAUGGGACGGUAACUAUUGGCCGAUAUAGUGCUAGGCAGUGGACAAAUGUAUCAGUCUCCAGUUCGAUUACAGUAAAAUAAAAUAAAUAAAAUAAAAACCCUAAUCGCAAUAAAGCUUCUGGUACGCAUUCUAAGUUGUGGGACACUAAGCGCGAGGGGGAAAGAAAUGGCUUUUGUCUGGCAAGCGAUAGCUGUGGCUUUUUGUUGUUGUAGUUUAGAUAACCUGCUGUGCACUGAGCGAUUCGUUUGAAGCGUAUCGGUUUUUUUUUUUACAAAAUGUAGUUGUGAUUCAGCUAUGUGUGACGUAACGAACAAUAAUAAUAAAUAUUGAAAACAAAGCUGCAAAACUUCAAUGCAUUUGUGCUGCUUAUUAAACACACUUUUUUGCAUUUAGGCUACCACACUCACACACACACACACACACGCAAAUAAAUAUGUACAGUAUAUCACUU